AUGACAGAAAAAAAAUUAGAAGUUGAAGUUGAAAGCCGCUACCUAUGUUGGGACAGUAAUGGUUGUUUGCCAACAAUGGCGAAAAGGAAGAAGCCAGCUACUAAAGCCCCAUCUCGUCGAUCAACUCGACGCGGGAAACAAGCAGAGGCAGCCAACGUCACUGAUGGCGAGACGUCCACAUCAAUUGAACCAGUUCCUGAACCAUCUACUGAAGACAAACCUCCUCCCGAUAUCAAGAGUGAAGAAUCACUCAACCCAGGUCAAAAAAAUGAAACACUGCCCAACUGUGUGCACAAAUUAAAAACAGAUCAAAUUAAUCCUAUUCCAACAGUAGCUUUACAUAAAAAAUUUGGUAAAUAUCGAUGCUUAUUUAAUAGUGAUGACCGUUUACAUAAAAAAUAUGAUUUAGGCAGUGAUAGUGAAACUAAUAGCAGUAUAGAGAUAAGAGUUGUUGACCCAUGUGCAAGCUCAGAGUCUGAUGCUGCUUUGGAUAAUCAAUCUGAUACAAACAGUGGAGCUUGCUCUAGUCCAUUAACUCUUCAUGUAAUUUCUUCACAAGGAAAUUCUAGAGAAAUGUCCCCUGUACAAGUAAAUGAAAUCCAAAAAGACAUUGUGAUAGUAAAAGAUGAUAUUAAUCAACAUGAAGAAAAUAUCCAAGAUACCAUUAAGGAGAUUACAGAUAAUGAGGAAACUAAAAAUUCCCAAUAUGUAGUCAGUGAUAUCAAAGAAAAUACUGUUAAGCAAAUAGAGCAAAAUUUAGUUAAUUCAAUCAAUAGUGAAGAAAAACUUAAUCAUGAGAACCAACAGGUGACAUUGGAAGAGCACUUAGAAUAUGGUGAUGAUGAUGAAGUUAUCACAAUAGUUCAGAUUGUAGAGGAUGAUAACCACGAGCUAUAUUACAACAUUAAUAUAGAAAGUCCAACACAAAUUCCAGAACAACAUGCAGAGGAACCUAUAAAGGAGCAUAGAGACACAGAUUUUCAAAAAGAUUUCGCCAAACUCAAUCUUACUCAAUUGGAUUCUAAUCGUUAUUCUCCUAUGCAUUGCUUAGAAAACAAUAACAUGAGGACACCACCUUGCCACACACCUGAUCCUCAAAUUUUAAAUGAAGUGUUGAUGAGACCUGACCCAAGCUUGACACCUAGUUCCACCCUGUCUGAUGACAGCAACUCAUCCCGAGUGAUGGAACAAAAUCCAAAUAAUUCUAAUGACUCUUCUGAGUCUUCACCAACUGGUGUCAGAAGGUCGAGCCGCAUUAAAACGAUAAGUACAUUGAAACAAAAGACAAAAGGUUAUGGGUUGGUCAAAACACCUCUCAAAAAAGCUUUGAUCACUCAAACCAAGCUAAAAUUAGAAGAAAUGGGUUCUGAUAGCCAAGAAAAGUCUGAAAAUUUGCAAAAUACUGUUCCUAGCACACUUACAUUUCCUGUACCUUCUGAGAUGCCUGUUAAAGUUAAAUCUCGGUGGCGCAGAUCCAGUGAGCUGGAAAUGGGGGCAAAUUCACCUGCCAACUCUCCUUUAGCCAGCCCUGGCUUGCCUCAGAAAUUACCUGCAUUAGAAGAAGCACCUAGGGAGAUAGAAGAAGAGCAGACAGUACCAUUAUCUAAAGAGGCAUAUGACAAAAUUAUUGAAGAAAGAUUGAGACAGUACCAGCAUUUAGAGGAAAAUGAGUAUUUAUGUGAGCGCAUGGUUAGUAAGGAGACAAAAAAGAUGAUCUGUGACUGUUUCAUAACUAAAGAUGAAUUAGAAAGGGGAGAACUAGCAUGUGGUGAAGACUGUUUGAAUAGAUUACUUAUGAUUGAAUGUAACUCUAGAUGUCCAGUUGGUGAUAGGUGUACUAAUAGGAGGUUUCAGAAAAGGGAGAAUGCUGCUUUAAAAGUAUUUUAUGCUGACAAAAAAGGUUGUGGUGUUGAAGCCAAUGCAGAUAUUACAGCAGGCGAAUUCUUAAUGGAAUAUGUGGGUGAAGUGCUCGAUUACGAGCAGUUUUACAAACGUGCGCAGGCUUAUUCUGAAGAGAACAACCUGCAUCACUACUUCAUGUCGUUGAAAGGCGACACGGUGAUCGAUGCGACGCUCAAAGGCAACAUAUCACGCUUCAUCAACCACUCGUGCGAGCCGAACGCCGAGACGCAGAAGUGGACCGUGAACGGAGAACUCAGAAUAGGGUUCUUCAGUAAGAGAGAUAUCCCAACAGGAGAGGAGAUUACAUUUGAUUACCAGUUUCAGAGAUUUGGUAAAGUAGCGCAGCGUUGCUAUUGCGGCGCUGAGAACUGUCGUGGAUGGAUUGGAGCUGAACCAGACUCUGAUGAUGACUAUGAUGAAGAGGAGGAGGAUGUAUCAACAUCUAAGUCAGGUACAGCGGAGUCCGAGGAGGCCCGCGCUUCGGACCUGGAGGCGCCGCCGCGGCGUCGCGUACGCAGGCCCAAGGGUGACCGCAAGUACAAGCCUAAAGCCCCCGAUCUGGUGCAGGAUGCUGAUAUCGAAGAAGACCUAGAGGCGUUGUCCCGCACCGGCGUCAAGAACCAAGCGCACACUCUCCGCCUGUCGCGUACGGUGGUGCGCGCGAAGACGCGGCGCGCGCAGGCGGCGCUGCUGCGGCUGCUGCGCGACGCGCACCUGCCGUGCCGCCGCCUGUUCCUGGACUACCGCGGCCUGCGUCUGCUGGCGCCCUGGUGUGCUGACGCACCUUUGAGCUUUAGACUUGAAAUGCUCCAAACUGUGGAUCGGCUACCAAUCACUAAUAAAACAAUGGUACAAGAGAGUAGAUUCUUUACAAUCGUGGAGCGAUGGCUCAGUGCCAAUGAUGUUCCUGUACCAGAUACUGUGUUCAUUGAUGAGGCUACUGGUUUGCCAAUAGAACUUCCUAAUAGAACAGCUCAAGAUGAGGCUGCCUUAGCAGAUAAGACUAAAGAAAAUAGUGCCAUUUCUGAAAAAGUAAAAGAUCUAUGUAAUCAGUUGCUUGAGAGAUGGUCAAGUUUAAAGGAAGUAUUCAAGAUUCCAAAGAAAGAGCGCAUACAGCAAAUGAAAGAGCACGAGCGUCAAGCUAACGUGGAGAGACGCGCGGCGGACUCGAGCGGCACGCGCGACCGCGACCGCAGGGACGAGCGCGACCGCGACCGAAGGGACGACCGCGACCGCGACAGGGAGAGGGAGAGAGACCGCGAGCGGGAUAGAUAUAGGGAGCGAGACCGCGAGAGGGAUAGGGAUAGAGAGAGGGAUGAUCGCGAUAGAAGAAAAAGGAGGACGAGUCCCGAAGGAAGGCGUAGUAUUAGGCUAACAGAGCGCGUGCUGGCCGCGGUGCCGCCCAUGAGCAAGGAGGAGCGGCGGCGCGCGUUCGCGGAGGCGGCGGCGGCGGCGGACGAGAGCCGGCGGCGGCGCGAGCGCGAUGCGCAGUGGCCGGCGCACUACGCGCACCACUGGCCGCCCGACGCCUUCGCGCAGAUGUUCCCACAAGGCAUGAUUCCAGGAGCGCCAAACAUAAUGCCUGGUCCACAAAACAUGAUGAAUGGACCACAAAAUAUGAUGAAUGGACCACAAAAUAUGAUGAAUGGACCACAAAAUAUUAUGAAUGGGGCCCCAAAUAUGAUAAGUGGGGGUAGCAUGGUGCCCAUGGUGCCCCCUGGAGUACCUGGUAUGAUGUCAGGGGUUAUGCCAGAUGUACCUCCCGAGUGGGUGGGUCUUAAUGGAGAGUUCCAAGGGCCUCCUGGAUUUUGUCAGCCAUUCCCGGGUCCACAGUUCUGUAUGCCACAACCGAAUAUGAUGAGUAUGAGCGGGUUCGGCAUGGGCGGGUUCGUGUUCGGGCAGCAAAUGCCGUUCCCGCCGCAGCCGCCGCCCGCCGUGUCCGUCGCGCAGACGAUGGAGGCUGCGUCGGAGAGCGCGCCGGAGCCGGUGCUGCCGUCGAUGUGGCGCAGCGCGGUGGACGCGCGCGGCCGCCGCUACUACUACCACGUGAAGCUGCGCCAGCCGCAGUGGCUGCCGCCCGCGCCGCCGCCGCCCGACAGAGAUGAGAGUUCUUCAGAAGAAGAGGCGGAACCCAUGACGGCCCUCGAGUCAGCGGUCAUCGGGCGACCAGUGAAGGGCAAACUUGUUGAAGGCGUUAAUGGAAUUUAUGAAGUUAUAAAAGAAGAUUCACAAAACGGCUUGAUCCCGGAUCACGCGUUACUGAACAUGAAGUCAAGGAAGCGCAGGCCAGGACUCGUAUCAGAAAGACCGAUAAGUCCUCGUACUGAAGAAGAUAAGUUAGCAGGUCGCAUGGAGGUGAAGAGGUACAAGCAAACAAAGGAGAAGCUCCGCAGGAGGAAAGAGCGGCUCCUGCAGAAGGUGCGCCAGCUGGCCGCUAAGAAACGUGGCAAAGAUAUCACGCAUAAAGAUCUCAAGUUUGUCGAGUUGGACGAGACGGAUAGUGAAUCCGAAGGGGACUCUGACGAUGGCAUAGAGAAGGUGACCCUAUCAUCCCCACCGCUAGUGGAGGCUUCGCCGCCCUUGCCCUCGUCGCCGGCGCCCGACCCCGAGGAGACCGCCAGGAGGAUCAAGGAGCAGUUCCGCAGCACCAUGGCCAGGGUGAUGGUGCAGCACCUCAACCCGUACCGGCACUCGGACGCGCCCGCCGGCCGCAUCACCUGCACGGCUGAUUUCAAACAUUUAGCUAGGAAGUUAACACACUUUGUAAUGCUCAAAGAGCUAAAGCACUGUCGGUCCGUCGAAGAACUGAUAGUAACUGACUCUGUCAGAUCGAAGGCGAAGAUGUUUGUAAGGAAGUAUAUGGCGAAGUUCGGGCCGGUGUACAAGAGACCGCCUGAAGAGGUUGAA